ACUUCUUCAGAAAAAGUUUCAGAACCAGUGACAACAUGCAAAAACUCAAUUGGAAACUACUCAUAUUAUCUGCUGUUCUUGCAAUUACUGCCAUUUUUCAAAUGGGAUAUACGAAUGCCUAUCCAAACACAGCUAUUGGAAGUUUUCGAAUAUUUCUCAACGAGUCAGCCAAUGAGCCAUAUACACUAUCAAACUCGGAAUUUGAAUGGGCCUGGUCAGCAAUGCUUGCAAUUUAUUUUAUUGGAUUCGCGGCUGGUAGCGUGAUAUCGGCUGGCGUUGCAGAUAGAAUAGGAAGAAAAUGGACCUUGUUUCUUGGCACCUGUGGAAGUCUGCUAUCUUCCCUUAUAGCGCUCUUUGCAAUAAUUUUGAAAAUGCCACUGAUGUUUGGGUUUUCUAGACUGGUUAUGUCGCUUUCGGCAGCAAUUUCGAUGAAUGGUCUGAUUCUAUUAUUUCAAGAAAGCUCACCAUCUCAUAUGAGAGGGCUAAUUUCAUUCAAUGCAGAGAUGGCUUUCGUGAUAACUAAUCUCAUUGGAGGACUCUUUGGAAUGCAGUCUAUCCUGGGUCAAAAUAUCGUCGGGCUUAUCGCGGUAUCCAUUAUCCCAUCAUCAGUCGCUUGUUUCUUGACGGUGUUUCUCAAGGAAUCUCCGAAGUAUCUUUUUUUGAAGAAACACGACGCUACUGAAGCGGGACGAGCACUGCAGUUUUAUCAAAACAUCAAAGACGAGGAAGAAAAAAUGAACGUUUUAAAUGACUUGAAACUCGAGAAAGAGGAAAUGGGUCAUCAAAAGAAUGGUUCACUCUUUGACAUAAUGGCAAAUCAGCCAGUUCGUCGUGGGUUUUUGUUGGGGCUUGCAACAAUGCAGUUGACAGCAUCAGUAUGGCCUGUUGUGUUUUACUCUACCGACUUUCUCAUGGAUGCAGGAUUCUCAUACGAACUUUCGGAAAGUGUAUCAACAGGAAUGUUGUUUUUGAGCUCGUUGAGCACAAUUGUUGGAAUGUUCAUCGUCGAAAAAUAUUCACGAAAAUGGCUCCUAAUUGGGACGGCCAGUGUAAAUAUCGCAGCUAUUUUAGUAUUCUCACUUAGCGCAAUUUUGUCACAUUAUUGGACUUGGAUAGGAUACGGAUGUAUCAUUUGUCUUAUACUUCAUGGAAUUUCUUAUAGUGUUGCAAUGGGACCGAUUGCUUGGUUCAUUACUUCUGAACUGGUACCUAUCAACUUCCGUGCAGCAUCGCAAUCCCUGGUUCUUGCUCUUAACCACACAGUUGCAUUAGUUUUAGCUUUUCUGACAUUUCCUCUUUACAAAACAAUUGGUCCUAUAACAUUGGUCAUUUUCUUUGUGAUACCGGGAAUUUUGUGCAUAAUAAUGCUGAUAUUGUAUCUACCGGAGACCAAAGAUAAACAUAUUAACGUGAUAGUAGAACAACUCAGAGAAACGAAAGCUAAACGGAAAGAAUCCCAAAAGUUGGAAACUGAAGAGAGCAUUGGAAUGAAUAAAUUAUAAUGACAGCCAGCAUAAUAAUUAAAUAAAUACUAUUGUUAUUUGAAGAA